AUGGAUUUGGGCCUGGGGCGUGUCCAGGCCCUGUUGCAACGCGUUGGAUCGCCGCAAUUCAAGUUCCCAGUUAUUCAUGUGUCUGGAACGAAUGGGAAAGGUAGUACUACAGCAUACCUGGAUGCAUUUCUGACUCACGCUGUGGGUCUUCGAUCCGCGCGCUUCAACACUCCCCAUUUGGUCACUGCCCGCGACAGCUUGCGCACAAAUGGAGGUAUACCGAUCGAUGAUAAAACAUGGGAUAUUGCGGUACAGAAAACGCGUCUUGCUGAUGCACGCGACGUUCCUAUUGGUGCCACGCCUUUUGAACUACUUACAGUCCAAGCUCUUCUUGCUUGCACGCUUCUACCUAUUGCGUCUCAACCGGAUAUUCUCCUAAUAGAAGUAGGAGUAGGCGGAAGACUCGACGCCACUAAUGUAUUUCCUUCUGAAAACGUUCUUGCAAGUGUUAUAUGCUCUAUUGCUCGUGAUCAUGAGGCUAUACUCGGUAAUCGUCUCUCGAAUAUUGCACUGGAAAAAGCUGGUAUCAUCAAGCCACAGGGCCUUUGUAUCGUAUCAGAUCAAACUACAGGUUCUUUUGGAUCAAACUUGACUACAAAUUUUGAAUUACUCGAAGUUCUCGAAACUCUGCAUAGCGCAUGUCAAGCUCAACAUGCGCGUGUCGUCUAUACCCAAGUCCCAUGGGCCUCUCUAAAGCCAUGUCCCAGAAAAGAACCUUUUGGCGCAAGCGUAGAUUUGACCCUACCUCUGUCUUAUGCAUGCGAUGCAACGAAAAUUACAUACAAUCCUUCAUCUAAUGCGUCCCAGCGUCAUAUUCGCUUUUCAUUGGAAGCAACGUUGGCUCGUAUAUCCGGCGCGUCUACUGCGUUACAAACUCUUUGGAGUAUAGCCCAUGAUAUUUCAUCAGAUCAAUGGAAUGGAAUCCGGGAGCUAAUUCGUAAGCGGCUUUUUCAAGCCGACCCAUCGCUGAUUGCACAAGCAGCUGCCCAAUACCGCUGGGAAGGGCGUUGUGAAUGGAUGAAACUGGGCGAGGUACCUCUUUUAUUAGAUGGUGCUCAUAACGAAGCUUCUGCUUUUGCAUUGCGACAAUACCUUGACCACUGCCUGGCUGAAACGCCCUCUGCAGAUAUUACAUGGAUUAUGGGCUUUUCCAGCGGAAAAGAAGUCCAUGCCAUGCUACAUGCCUUGUUGUGUCCACGCAAGGGCCUGCAUCAUCGCGUUUCGCUUGUGCCAUUCUCGAUACCAGUAGAAGGUAUGCCAUGGGUAAAGCCAAUGCUACCUGAAGAAUGCAAAUCCGCAGUGCGUUCGAUGAAUAUCGAAUGUGUCACUCAUAGGAGCUUGCGAGAUGCCUUGACCUGGGCUUCUUUAUAUGACCAGCGUCCACACAUUGUUGUAAUCUGUGGCAGUCUGUAUCUUAUCAGUGAUUAUUAUAGACAAUUAUCUUUUUGA